AUGAAAUUGCAUUACGUCUGUGCUGAUGAUUUUAAAGAAGAAAUAUUUAUUAAACCAUUACCACCUACUCAUCUCUAUGUUUACUUUCAAUUUAUUACUAUUAGUGAAGAAUCAUCCUUUGAGCAUUCUCACUUAGCGCCACGGUCUUUGGGAGAGGUACUCUCACGUUUCCAAGUGGAUGAGCUUCAUCUGACUUUAACUGAAGGCCAGUGGAAACACAAUAAAUGGGGAUAUCCAAUAUUAGACGCAGCUCCCGGUGCUGAACUUUAUGCUUGGUUUUCGCCUAAUGUUGUGGAUGUUGAUACACAAUGGCGAAAGCUGAGUGCGACACUUUCAGGGCUUUUUUGUGCUUCACUUAAUUUUAUUGAUAGUUUUAAUACAGUUGUACCUCAAAUGGCAAUUUGCCCUACAGGUGCAAUAAAAACUAAUCAGAACAUUACUUCACGUUUAAGAUAUGCAACAUUACCAAGAGAAAUUGUGUGUACAGAAAAUUUAACUCCAUGGAAGAAAUUGUUGCCUUGUGAGUCUAGCCAUGGGUUCUCAUCGCUAUUGAACUCUAGAAUGAUGCAUAAUACUAAUUACCAUUCUAUUGGAGUACAUGUAAGAAAAAUGUGCAAGGUUGAUAAUUGCUCUGAUAUAAACAUAGAAAUAAAGCAAACUGUUGCAUUAGUUUAUGAUUAUAAAAUUAUAGACAGUAUAGAUUGGUCAUUUAGAAAACUAUUUGGCCAAGGCUUGCCAGGAGCUUGCCCUUUGUCAUCUUCAAGUAAAAUAUAUGUAGAUAUUUCUUCCAACGAGACCUAUUCAUUUAAGUUGAGUCCAUCUCCAAAUAAUGUAUUAUUAUUUAAAAGAGGUGGUAGUGACACAAUGCUUGCUGUUUAUGAUAUUAAAUCUUAUAAUCAUAUGAUGAACAUUGGAGUAAAAUAUGAUACACAAGAUAAAUUGCUUGUUACAAUAGCACCACCACUGCACUUUACACGUUAUGUUCUAGGAUAUGGUAAAGAGUUUGGUGGUAUAGUAACUGAAAUUACAAAUAACUAUUGGGCCCCCAUUGACAUUGUUUUAUUGGAAAAUGCACCAUGGUGGUUGCCAAUCCAACUUAGCUCUUUAAGAAUUAAUGGCAAAGCAAAAAGUAAAUUAGUCAAAUCUCAGUAUUAUUCUCCUGGUAGAAGUCGACAAAAACCAUAUCAUUUAGAACUUCUGCUACAGUUGCCCCCAAAAUCUACUACAACAAUUACUAUUGACUUUGAAUUUGUAUUCUUAAAAUGGCAAGAAUAUCCCCCUGAUGCUAAUCAUGGAUUUUACAUUGGAUCUGCUUUGAUAUCUGCCAAUUUACCUACUGCUAGGAAUUAUACUAGCCUACCUAUUACUGGUAGUACUAUAGAUUCAAUAAUAAAUGCGUCAAAACAAUGGUAUCCUGCAGUAUUUAGGACUAAUGGGGCUAUGGUGUCUUUACCUACUCCAGACUUCAGUAUGCCCUACAAUGUUAUAUGCCUUGCGUGUACAGUUGUUGCCUUGGCUUUUGGACCCUUACAUAAUAUUUGCACAAAAGAACUUGUAUUAAAACCUGUGGGAAGUCCUAUUUCCUUACGUCAAAAACUAAUAAACUUAUUCAAACAGAAAAAAGAUUGA